CCAUAGCGACAUCAUUGUAGUAAACACAACAGCCUUUACUCGCGGUUUCACUGUACAACUUCUCUGUUUUGCCAGCUCCCAUUUAAAAUUUUACUGAACACCUCGAGAGACAGACAGAUCUAGUCGCUGCUGAGGGCUGAAUGCUUGGCUGCGUAUGAAAAGGAUUCUCUCUAAAGCAGAGUCUGUGACCAGCCACCAUGGUACGCCUGACCAUAGAGCUGAUUGCUAAAUCUAGAAACCACUUCAAAAAGAAAAGGGGCCUCUCCUUCCCAGAGUACCUCAAGACACUCACCCACCUCCACUUUUCCAGCAAGAGUAUUGAAGAUAUUGGUGAUCUCUCCAUGUGUAGAAACCUCACUGUCCUUUACCUAUAUGAUAAUCAGAUCACACACAUUUGCAACCUUGACUUUGCCUCCAACCUCACUCAUCUGUAUAUGCAGAACAACAACAUCACUUAUAUAGAUAAUCUCCACAAUCUGCAGAAGCUCUCCAAACUGUAUCUGGGUGGAAACAGGAUUGCAGUGGUGGAGGGCUUAGACGAGCUCCAUGAGCUCAAAGAGCUUCAUCUGGAGAAUCAGAGGCUGGCACCAGGGGAAAAGUUGCUCCUUGACCCAAGGACUCUCCUCUCACUGGCUGAAUCUCUUUGUGUCCUGAAUAUCAGUAACAACAACAUUGAUGAUAUCAGGGACCUGGCAGUGCUGAAGGAACUCCAGCAUUUCUCUGCUGCUGACAAUAAAUUGCACAAUAUGGAGGAGUUAGAGGAUGUGUCCAGCCACUGGCCUCUGCUGCUUCAAAUGGAUUUACGUGGAAAUCCUGUGUGUAAAAAACCAAAGUACAGAGACCGCCUGAUAACCGUGUGCAAAAGCCUCGAGGUUCUUGAUGGAAAGGAAAUUAAUGAGUUAACCAGACAGUUCCUCAUUAACUGGAAAGCGUCCAAAGAGGCCAAGAAGAAAAACAACAAACAUAUGAUGACUGGACCGUGGAUCCCUUACACCUUAAUAAAUGACAUUAACAUGGGUCAGGGUCCACAUCCUGGUCACAUCUACCAGCAGGCUAACGUGCAGAGGUGGAAGCCGCAGCAGUCUCUCAGGGCACAAAAAUGUAAGAUUCCUAUGAGUGGAUGUUUCAAUCAUGUGGCUGUCUCAUCACCCAUCUGCAGUCAUGUGGAUGCUUAAGACAAACCUACCAGUCCACUAAAAAUCUCCACCUCCUCUAUACGCACAAAUUAGCUGGAGCCCAGGACUAAUCCUGCCUUGUAUGAGCACUUUGCUCACCACAGCUGUGGAUCUUUUCUCCUUGUACAUGUAGCAACACAGAGAACAGUAACUGUCACCCGCUUGCUGUGAUGUCCAUAUAGCUGCACGCCCUUCACCGUCCCUGCGGUAUCAUUGAUGUAUUGGAUUAUAGUGGUUUAAAAAUUUGACUUUUCAAUGCAGAUUGUAAAAUAUUUUCAUCUGUCUCCUAUAACUUAAUCCAAGUUCCUAUAAAUGAACGAAUAGGCUGGAAAUAAUCUAAAAAUAAAAGAGUAAAACAAUGAA